CCAAAAGAGGCGGAACCAUUUAUCAAGUCGGCGCCGGCGCAGUAUCUACAGUAUCUACAUAUCUACACGUAUCUACACCGCCUGCAGGCGGGGCUCUCGGGUCGUCUACACUGCUAGUGCCGGCAGGGCGGAGGCGACGCGGUCUUCGGGAGAACAAUAAAUACCAUUUCCUUCCGCCCCAGACCGGGCGCUUUGGCACUGGCGGGCGGGGCCCUCAUGGCCCUCGGAGCUGGGGAACGUCCCGUGUUCUCCUGGGGGCUGGAGGAAUCGGAUACUGCGACAGUCCUGGGGUGGAGAACCCCAAAGGCUUUGAGGCCGCGGGAGGGAGCCCCGUGGUGGCCCCCGGGGCUGGUGAACGAGUCCUCUGAAGGCCCUCAGGCUUCGCGGAGCGGGCGGCCCGCAUUAUCUGGGGCAGUAGUCGUAGGAGCCCGGCGGCGCGGCCCCGGCCGACGAGUACAUGUUGGCGGCCGCGGCGGCGGCAGCGGCGGCCGCGGCGGCGGCCGCGGCGGCGGCAGCGGCGGCCGCGGACUCGGCGCAGUGGCUCUCGGUGAAGGAGGAGACCAUCUUCCUGCACGACGGGCUCAUUCGGGUCACCGACCUGGCCGAGCUGCCCAGCGAGAUCCUCGGGGCCCCGGAGGCCGCCGACACCGACCUGGAGGUGAGCGCGGCGCCCGGCCGUGA